UUGUUGAUUCGAAUAUAUAUUGAAUGGUUAUGCGCAUUACAGAUACUACUUUGUUGUUUGAGUCAUACUGUUAUGACAGUUUAUCGAAUAUAGAGUAUUUAUAUAUAUGUAUAUAUAUAUGUAGUAUAUUUAAAUUUGCGAAGUUAUUGACAGAAGAAAAGUUUGAAAAGAAAAGAAGAAAUAUUAUCCAAAUGAAAUUUAACGAAAAAGAACUCGCAGAAUUAAGUAGUGGUGCCGCCGAUUUUGAAGGGCGUCUAAAUCAUAAACGGGCACACAAGUCAGAAUUCAGUGCUCGUUGUAAUGCUACGGAGACGGAGGGUUGCUACUCCAGGAUGAGAAAUUCGGAAAUAGGAGCGAUCAUCAUGAAGAAUUCUAGUUGUGCAUCUUGCCCACUUGGUCCACCCCCAGACAUAUUACACAUACCGCCACCACCUUUUCCAGAAUUUCUCCAACAAAGUUCGGACUUUUAUCCAAAUUUAGGCGCUCUGCCUUUCCCGCCAAACCUGAACGACAGUCCUUGCAAGCACCUAUGCGAUCGACAUUUUGAAGGGGUGCAAUAUAUUGAAAUGCCAAAACAAGGCACCGUUUUCGACGACACAUGGUUAUUAGUGCUAAUAUCAUCUUGCAUCGGUGUCAUUCUGAUUGGCAUAAUAUUGGCUACGUUACUCUUAAAAUGUAAAUUAAGCAGAAGUGGUAAAAAUGGGGUAAUAUCUAUACCAAAUGCAACAACCGGGAUGCAAACGAAAAAUGGAAGAAUUCAGAACGAAGCUGUUUUGUAUCCUUGCGCUGCCGAUACAAUGCAAGAUAGCCGUGUAAUGUGGGCAACCCUUACACCACGUGGUACCACUAGACAUUAUUUAGAAGAACACACUUAUGAAACUAUCGGCGGUGGACAAUUUCACAAGCGCGCUUGUUCGACAACACCAACCGAACAUGUAAAACUGAAGACGUAUGCCGAUCCUCCGGUUACAACUCCAGUACAUGUCCGUCCAAAGGACGAUAAAGCUUUUGAUAAUACUGCUUUUGUGGAUUACGAAGAGCCCUUAUCAGUAAAAACGGAGUAUUAUCAAUUGAACGAUGUUUUGGAACCAAGUGAUGCAGGUAUUCUUACGAUACAAAGGGGUACAUUACGCCCUCAUGUAAGUUCUCCGACGAGAAUAGAACAUCCGAAUUUACCGCCACUUAAUCUUCUUCCUCAUAAGCGUAGCUCUAAAAAGGGCACUAUUGGACAACAUGCUUCGGAUACAUUACUAAGAAGCAGUAUUACAUCUUCCACUUAUAUACCUACAAUAUAAUAUAUUAAUUACCACCCUUUCUACCCUUGCCAUCAAAAAUAUAAUAUAAUAAUCUAAACGCACCUUUUAUAUUCGCAGUUAUCGUCAAAUCUAGUUACUAUAAGUACACCAUAUCUAUGUAAGUUAAAUAAAAACGUCCUUAGCAAAUAUAAUAUUA